CACCUGAAGCCAUCAGGGCUGGUUUGCAGCUCAGCUACCUCCUCCCACCACCAGCACAGUUUUUGGACACCCAGGCUCUUCCAAAUGGGCCACCAGGCUACCUGGGGCUCUGCCAGCCAUCCUCAUGUCCCCAAAACCCUUCCUGUUGGCUCCUGCCCCUCUGGACCCCCCAGGUUGCACCACCAUGGCAUGGGCAGCAUGCAGGCUGCAAUGGCCCAUGGCUGGGUGCCUGCCGGUGUGAAGCGGUAUCCCUCCCUCCCCGCCUGGAGAAAAGCUGAUGCUGGUGAGGCAAAAGGUCCCCUCCCCAUGGCUGCCAGCCUCCUUGUCCCUGCUCAGCCGCUCUCCCUCAUUCCAGGCCUGGCGCUUUUCAGCUGCGUGGGUGCCGAUGCCAACGUGACCGAGGGGCUGCCCUGCGAGGGCUGUGCAGGUAACGUGACGCAGCUGCGGCGGCGGGGACACUUCUCCCGGUGCCCCGAGGAGUACCGGCACUACUGUGUCAAGGGACGCUGCCGCUUCCUCGUGGCCGAGGCGGCUCCGGCCUGCAUGUGCGAGCGAGGCUACACGGGGGCACGAUGUGAGCAGGUGGACAUCUUCUACCUGCGAGGCGACCGGGGCCAGAUUGUGGUCAUCUCCCUCAUUGCUGCCAUCGUCACCCUCAUCGUCUUUGUCGUCUGCAUCUGCCUCUGUGCUCACCACUGUCGGAAGCAGCGCAGGAAGAGGAAGGAAGAGGAGAUGGAGACGCUGAACAAGAACGUGCCCUCGAGGAGCGAAGAUGUGCUGGAUACGGACGUUGCGUGAAGGUGCGGGGGCUGGGGAGUUCAGCGGGGAUCCCCUAAGCCCUGACAGCUGACAGCUGCCCGCCAGGAACCUGCGGGCGGGUCCCAGCGCCGGCCGGGUGGGCGAGGGGUCGCGCUUGUCACGGUGCUAAUAAAAGGGUGACCGAAA